CUUUAACGUAUUUGGGAAUAUUUUUUAAGAAAAUCCCUAACAAUAAUCAAAAACAUGUGUCCCUUUGCUGGCUUUGGAACCCACCGCCCUAACCCCACCGUCACCGUCACCGUUGCUCUUCGCCGCCGGUAACUUUUCACGGCAGUAAAGGUUACUUAAAAAUAUUAUGGAUGGUUACCUACAAUAAUUUCUUAAUUGACUCGAUAGAUUACAAAAUCCAGUCUUAUCGAUAGAUUACAAAAUCCAGUCUUAGGUACCUAGUGUGCUCCGCCACCGCUUCUUAUAUACUUGGAAUCUUCAUAACUAUGAAGCCACAGAGUGAAGAUUCAGAAAAUCAGAGUUACUGGUUUGUCUGAGAGCUUUUGAGUUUCUUUUCAAGCAAUGGCCUCCAAGGAUGAGCCUCAGGAAAAUGAGGCAGUCGAAAAACGCUCAGAAAUUGACAGAGUUGAAAAAUCCACCAACCAAGUGGGCGAAAGUUCUGUUGUCUUGCCGCGUGUUGUACGUAUUUACAUGCCGGAUAGUGACGCCACAGACUCGUCUAGUGACGAGGAGGAGAAGCUUGAAGGAGGGAAGUCCGAGCGACAUGAAAGGACGUGCAUAAAGGAAAUCAUCAUUGAAAAUGGAAAGACCAGGGUCAUUUCCAAGAAGACGUCCAAAGAGAAGAAAGAUAUAAAGCUGCUGCAAGAAAAUGUGAAGAAGCCCAAGGGAGUUAGACAACGAAAAUGGGGAAAAUGGGCAGCAGAGAUUCGAGAUACAAGAAACAAAACUCGACUUUGGUUGGGCACUUUUGACACUGCUGAAGAAGCUGCUUUGGCUUAUAACAAGGCAGCUACUGAAAUAAGAGCAAUGGCCUCCAAGGAAGAGCUUCAGGAAAAAGAGGGAGUCAAAAGAACCCCAGAAAUUGACGCAGUUGAAAAAUCCACCAAUCAAGUGGGCAAAAUUUUCUUGCCGAGUAUUGUACGUAUGCACGUGCCAGACCAUGACACCACGGACGACUCGUCUAGCGACGAGGCCGAGAAGGUUGAAGAAGAGAAGUCUGAGGGACAUGAAAGGACGUGUGUAAAGGAAAUCAUCACCAAGAAUGGAAAGACCAAGGUCAUUUCAAAGAAGACGUCCAAAGAGAAGAAAGACUUAAAUCUUCUGCAAGAAAAUGUGAAUAAGUACAGGGGAGUUAGACGGCGAAAAUGGGGCAAGUGGGCAGCAGAGAUUCGAGAUACAAGAAAGAAAACUCGGGUUUGGUUGGGAACUUUUGACACCGCUAUAGAAGCUGCUUUGGCUUAUGACAAGGCAGCCAUUGAAAUAAGAGGUGCUAAUGCUUUGACAAACAUCCUCAAGCCACCACCGAAGAAGAUCAACCACAUCAAAAUCAACUUCAUCGUGCCACCGCUCAGGGAGACAGAAGGCGGAUCCAUAGCUUAGUUAAACAUGAUGGGUUCAACCUACCAUAGGCAGAUCCAUUGUACCUUUGAAAUUAUGAGCUCAAAAGUUGAUAUUUGUUGAACUUUUAGUAGUUUUUCACAUAUACAUCGAUGGACCAUGUGAAGAAUACUAGGUUCAUUUGAACCCAUUAAACAAAGGCUGCAUCCGCCUCUGGGGAGAUCAACUUCUUCAGGCCAACAUCUUUAUCCACCGUUGAUGCCAGGUCUUGAAAAUGUUUUACUGUUUAGUUGUACAUUAUCUGAAGUGUCAAACUUGGCUAGUUUCCAACUAAUUGGGAUGGUCUUAAAGCAUGUACAGUGGUAUGGUAAUGCUUUUUAAAUUUGUUGCCUGUCUUGAUGUAGAGGAAGGAAACUGCAGGUUGCUUCUGUUAACUGCUUAUACUUCAUUUUGGAAGUUUCUCUUUUUGACUGUG